CUCUUCUUCUACGGAAGUUGGAUUAAAGUACGUCUUACGUCAGCAACAUUCCAGAUAUUUCGCCAUAAAACAUACUCUGCCCAUCGGUAGUGCGUGACAACAUCAUUUUGUGAUUGGGAGAGGUUUUUCCAUUUGUACCAGCUAUGGUGUGCAUUCCCUGUAUUGUGAUUCCUGUCCUCUUGUGGGUCUACAAGAGGUUCCUGGAGCCUUAUCUCUAUCCUUUUAUUUCACCCAUUAUUAAUAUAUUCUGGAGCAAAAAGGCAGUGCAGGAGACCAGUGCUAAUGACCAAAAAGUUAGUGAAAAGAGUAAUGGGACUUGCAAGCCUGAAAGCAACGGCGAGGCCACUGCUAAUGGAUCUACAAUAGCAACGGAUAAGAAGACAGACUGACGCCUCAAAAUAUAUUCAAUGCUUCAGAAACAAUGUAAAUAUUUAAUUCUUCUAGAGAAACUAUAAAUUAACUUAUAAAUCACCUUAGAAUUAAUUGGAUUUUAUAACCUUCCAAUUGUUAUUUGGAGCUUGUUUUUAUUUUUGUCAUCCAUCUUGUUGAUAUAUUGUCUGUUAAUCAUUAAUUGAUACAGCUGUUUAUUGUAUUGAAUGACAGAUUUUGUAAGUUAAACUUUAAGCAUAAAUAAUGAAUAAAAUAAACAAGACCUCUUAA